AUGUGGCUAACUUGCGACAUUAUGUCUUGUACUUCCUCCAUACUAAACCUUUGUGCUAUAGCUCUAGAUAGAUAUUGGGCUAUCACAGACCCAAUUAACUACGCUAGCAAAAGAACAUUGGCUAGAGUGCUGUAUCAAAUUGCUGGAGUUUGGUUGCUAUCGUUGAUCAUAAGUUCUCCCCCACUUUUAGGAUGGAAUGAUUGGCCUGACGAAUUCACUUCUGAUACCCCAUGCCAGUUAACUUCCGAACAAGGUUACGUCGUGUAUUCAUCAUUGGGGUCGUUUUUCAUCCCUCUUAUUAUAAUGGCGAUAGUCUACAUAAAAAUAUACACUGCUGCCAAAGCACGGUUAAGAAAACGUAAUAAUUGGGCAGCUAGAAUUCAAAAACGGCCAGUGAUUGAUAACCAAGAUGAAAGCUUAGACAAUAAGGAAGAGUCUGAAAACGAUUCUGAUAGUGGGGAGAGUAUAAAGCGCCACAAGAAAGCGUUCUUGGAUAUGAAGAAAAACUUCUUUGUGCCUCUUUUGCUGCUAAACGACCCUUUGUCCCGUCAAAGGAUUGAAAGUGAUAUGGCUCUACAACCCGGAGUUACGCCCAGUAAUUAUACGACAAAAGUCGUUGGGUCAAUUAAGAAGUUAAGUCAGAAACGGAAGAAGCAGGGGAAGGGUUUGUUAGCAAGUGUAAAUAAUAGCGGUGAUGUAGUGCAUCAGUUCGUCGAGCAAAAACAAAAGAUUUCAUUGUCUAAAGAAAGGAGAGCAGCGCGAACGCUCGGGAUUAUUAUGGGCGUAUUUGUAGUUUGUUGGUUACCAUUUUUCCUAAUGUAUUUAAUGCUACCCUUUUGUCCGGUUUGUUGUCCUAGCAAUAGGCUAGUGAACUUUAUAACAUGGCUAGGUUAUUUAAAUUCUACAGUAAAUCCGUUGAUAUACACUAUUUUUAACAUUGAAUUUAGAAAAGCUUUUAAAAAAUUACUAUGUUUGAAUGUAUGA